UACAUCCUAGAAGACAAGAAUGACGGGGAAAAGAGGCAACUGCUCGUCGUAGCGACCAGAGAGGAGUUGGAAGACAAGAUACGCGAGAAAUGCAACUUGCCGCCGAAUUGCGUGAUCAGCAUAGAAUAUUAUGACAAGGACUUCGACUUGUUCGUACUGUGCAGGCCCCAAGACCUCCCCGAUAAGGCGCGGAUCAGAGUAACGAUGGGUCUCCCGGUGGUCGACCUGGACACAGUAUCAGUGGACUUCUCUUCGGCUGAAACAAGUUCGACUACAACGCUACUGCUGACUGAGGAGAGCACGACAACCGUCGCUGCCAUCGCUGAAAGGCGCGCCUCCGACACGCUGGCUGUCGCCGAUACACCGAGACGAGAGGGAGAAGACGCUCCAGAACCAGAGAGUGGAGUGGACGGGCCACGACCAGGUGGAGCAGCUGAUUCAGAUGACCUCUGGGAGACUGUUCACAAGCGCCUGUCUGCAAGAUGCCGCCAAGCCCUGGUGGCAACGGACCCGCUUAACGAACUUCACUGGAGUGAACUCAUGCAAGGGUGCUUCGACGUCGUCUCGGCGACCACGUUCUAUCCUGGAAGGCGGUAUCGACAGUGGGCGGCCGACCUGGUUGGAACCUACGGACCGGCGGUCCGCCUCCACAAGGACCUUUCCAAGGCCAUCGAUAUGGUAAAGGACAAACUCCGAGCCAAAUUCAAGAACGCCCGCUUCAAAUACCCCAAGACACAUGCUGACCUGGAUGCCGAACGCAAGGCGAAGCGGAUCAAGCUCUCGAGCGUGGCCAGGGAUACCGGGCUACCCAAGUAUGGCCCGCCGGAAUUCGACGAAGUCCCGGCAGCCAGGAAGGCCGGCUACAUCCUCGCGGCUGGCGGUCUCUCAGACGCAGAGCGGGCCCGUCUUAAGGAGGAGUCCUUCGCGGACAGGCGGUGGAUGUUGGUCGGUCAAAAACGUCCCAUCUCAGACGUACUGUCGCGAUACACCUGGAUGUGCGACGUCAACGAGAUCUGGACCGAAUUCGAACGGAUCAGGGGUCGACCUCUGGGGGAAUCGCCCCAUGAAGCGAUGAAGGAGUGCCUGUUGAAACUCAAGGAAGUAUACCAGCUUGGAACAGAGCACGAGGCCAUCCCGUCACUCUUGGAGGCGAUGGAGUGCGAUGAGGGAUCGCUGUCCCGGGGGGACAACGUCGGCAUUGUUGACAGCACCCUGGUGGUGGAAGGAGUGAAGGUGUGCCAGCUGCCCGCCGACCCUGUCAGCGGCCUCCUGGCAUGGGCCGUCGCACAUACAGUGUUUGCGAAGAACCCCCUCCCGAAGGCUAGAAACCUCCUAGUGUUUCUCCAGCGUGCUACCCUCGGUGUACAUGAGCCAAUGAAAAUGUCCAAGAACGCACAAAAGCAGCUGGAGCUGGCACACUACCUUUAAGGGUUUUCAGGGGUCAUGCGCCGU